AUGGCUAUUUCAGAUAUGUUGAACCGCCGUGUGCGGGCAAGGCCAGAUGUUGAGGAGGAUGUGUAUGCCUCAAGUUCUGCCGAAGAAGUCUCGCAGGACGAGGCCGGAGAGGAAGUUGAUUCCGACGAAGAUCAAUCGCAAGAAGAUGAUGGCUCGGACUCCAACAACGAAGACGAUGAAGAGGAAGGCUCAGAUGAGGAUCUCGAGGGUGAAAUCUCCGACGAAGAUGACGACAAAGACGAUUUCCAAUCAUCUCUCAGUAACAUCUCAUUUGGCGCGCUAGCCAAAGCUCAGGCCUCCAUGGGUCCCAAAAAGCGCAAGGAAAAAUCAGAUGAAACCUCAACUGCCUCCCCGCUCGACGACAUCCGGGCCAAGAUCCGCGAAGCUCGCGAACAGAAACGAGAGGCCGAGGCUAAAGCGUCAGGAUCCAAGGAUAAAAAGGAAAAGGAAAAGGCUCGCACAUCCAAGCACGCACCUAUGGAGCAAUCUUCCAAGCGCGCUGUCACCAGAAGGCGCACGGUUGUCGAGCCUCCAGCCUAUGCUAAGGCUCGUGAUCCGCGCUUCGACGCGGCUGUUAUGGGCUACAGCGGUUCUGGGCGCUUCUCGGAAGGAACGAGCAAGGCCUACGCAUUCUUGGAUGAGUACCGAGCGGAUGAGCUGAAGGAUCUCAAGGAGCAGUUUGGCAGGUGUAAGAAUCCGGCUCAGAAGGAGGCGCUGAAGGCGCAGAUUCGGUCCGCGACUGAUAGGCUCAAGGCCGAUGAGAGUAAGAAGCGGGAGCGCGAGGUUAUGGCUGAACAUAAGCAGCGUGAAAAGCAGUUGAUUCGGGAGGGCAAGAAGAGCACCCCGUAUUUCUUGAAGCAAUCAGACCUGAAGAAACAGGUUCUGGAAAAGAAGUACGAGUCGAUGAAGUCCAAGGAUCGGGCGAAGGCCAUGGAGCGUCGGCGCAAGAAGAUGGCUUCCAAGGAGCGCAAGGAGAUGCCCUGGGAACGCCGUGGAACGGGGAGUAACGACGAGCCUCCGAGUUUUGGCAAGCGUCGGCGACUUGAGUAG